UGUCUUUUACUCGUACGAGUUGAGAGGACGCUGUGUGCUCUAUUUUCCAGAAAAAUUGACAAACAAUAAUUUGUCAUAAUUUAUUUUUUUUGCAACUAAUACCGUUGUUUAAUUGAAUAUUAUUUUUACCAACAAAUGCAAAAAAAAAAACAUUCAUUCAUUAUAAAAUCAAUAAAUAUAUUGAAAAAAAACUUUAAUAACUUGUGCAAAAAUUAUCAAUCUCCCAAACGAAUCCAACCAACGAGGAGACGAGACAGUUUUAAAAAAGAAAAAAGAGACUUGUCCGGUGGUGACAGACAACGCCUUCACGAAAUAUUUUUUUUUAUUAUUUUUAAUUUAAUUUUUUUUUGUUAAAUUUUUUUCUAUUUUGAUUUAUUUUUUAUAUUUUUAAUCAAGUGUCGCGAAAUAUAUAAUUUGAAUAUAUAUUUUUUUUGAUUAAUUUUUUACUUUGGGUUGAAAAAAGAAAAGAGAUAUCUUUUUUUUUCUUUUGUAUUUUUUGUUCUUUGGUUUUUUUUUUUUGUUUUAUUUGUCUCGCUCGUCUCUACUAAAGAAGAAGAAAAUUGAAAAUUGAUUUUCCAACUGAAAUACAAAAAAAAAAGAAAAACCAAUAAAACCAAACUACCAAUAAUCAAAACAGAAAGAACCACAAACAAAAGGUUGCGUAAACAUAAUCUUAUGUACUGGUCGACGGAAGACCACCACCGCCAGAAUUAUUAUACCAAUUUGCAAAGUGUCCAACAUCAAAAUGGACUUCAACAAGCGACGGCGGCGAUGCCGCCGCAUCAACAACAACAACUCGCUUCACAACCGCCUCAUCUACAGCAGCAGCAACAGCAACAACAACAGCAGCAACAACAACCACAACAACACCAACAACAUCGGCCAGCUCAACAAAUUCAACCACCACAUUUUGCAAAUCAACAACAGUUCCAACCACAUCAUCAACCACAAUGGGCCACCGGAAGGCCGCCUCAUAUCUUGACCGUACCGCCUUUCAUGCCCCAAUAUCCCAAUAACGUGCCCAGUUCAACGCAAUUUUGUGCCCCAGCACCAAAUUACUAUCAAACACAACAACAAUACCCGCAAGCAUCAGCAGUUGCCGCUGCACCACAGCAGCAGCGGCAAUGUUUGCCACAAGGGUGUACCGUGUAUACAAUGCCGCCACAAGCGACUGGCUUGCGACAGAAUGUUAUAACACAACCACCGCCAAACAUAAUGACGCCGACAACAUCAACGGCACAACAAUUGCAAGUGCAAUAUUUCUCGACAUUCUGUCGGCCGCCAUUACUGGGACAACAGACCUAUGGCCACAUGAUGACGGCUCCAUUAAGCAGCGAGACACAUAUUGCAAAACCCCGCAGACAUGCUAUCCCUAUAAUUCAUCCCGAAACAAAAGAGAACAUCAUGGAGAAGAAAUACCGCAGCAAUGAAUCACCUGAUGUAGAAGUUACUACAACAGCAUCUUCAAUCACAACGACCCCGUCAUCCACAUCUAUCGAUGAGCUUAAAAAAUCACUCAAUGAUGCCAAGGAGGAACAACAAACGGCGAAAAUUGAUGAUGUUGAUGAUGUGCCACAGAAAGAGACCGAAGAAAUCACAGAGGAAGAUAUAACGGAUGCAUCACCAGCACCAGCUCUUGAUCACGUUGAAUCGAUUGAGCUUGAUGACGAAGAUGUGGAAGAAGAGGCCACACAGCCAGAGACAGAGGCAAUUGAAAAUGAGAGCAAAACGCCAUCCGAAGAAGAAUUGAUGAUGAACGAAGACGUCGUCGAUCAGACACCACAAUCUCGCACAAGUUCCAUCAUUACAACAACAACAACAAAUGAACCAACUGAACCAAUUGAGAAGAUCAGCAGUGGUGAUGAUGACGAGGCAACCGCAUCAGCUUCUCCUCCAUCAUCAACCACCACCGAAGGAAAUAUUUCAACUGCACCUUUACCAAUGGAACCCGAGGAGAAACCCGAUUCGAAUGAGGUAGUUAGCCAAUCAUCACCAACAAAAGUAGUGAUUUCGGAUGGAAAAGUCGGUAAGAAAAAUAAAACACAAUCAAUUGUAACUCCAACUGGAACUCGAACACCAACCCCUACGCCACCACCAGCGCCUACUCCAUCAACAACAACCCAAACAACAACAACAACUAAACCAAUUUCAAAGAAGACAAAAAGAAAUAACAAACGUCUGAAAGAAAGUCAAAAGAAACAAAAAGCCGAUUUGAUUAAAAGUGAAAAUAAUAAUACAAACAAGGCUACCAACCAAAAUGAGAAUCAUAAGGCUAAACCUAACCUACAAGCAGACAAAUUCACCGAUCCUUGCAAUUCAACAAAUAGACUGAAAACAAAAGCCAAAGAAAGUAAUAAAAACAGUAAAAAAGAGGGAGUAGUAUCAACAACAACAUCAACAGCGACAACGACACCAACAACACCUACCGAUGAUGUUGAAGUUGUUUGUUCUGCAACAACUACCACAACAACAACUCCGACGACGUUGGACGCUCAUGAAAAAAGCGAAGAAAGCUCCCUUCAAGUUGAUGACUCAACAGAAACCCUUACCUAUGACGAAAACGAUCAUUCAGCUUCGUUGCAGCCUGACGAUAGUCCCAAAUUAUCCAAAUCAGAAGAAAUUGCCUCCGAAAUACUUGGACUCAAAUCAACUGAUGACAAUGAAUUGCUCUUUCUCAAUAGCUCUAUGUCUGGUUAUGAAGAGGAUAUAUCUCCAUCGUCUCCAACAAAACAAACACGUGAUGAUGACAAAAUUCAAGAUAUUCUCUUCGGUGACUUUUCGGAAAUAGAAAAUUCUCCUCAAGAGUUGUUAUCUGCUACUGCUUCUAAGGAAUUAAAUGAACAAUCAAAAGAAAACAAUGACGAAGAAAAUGAAGCAGCUCUACAAAUUGAUGCUGAAGAAGAAAAUGAAGGACAAACUUCGGCAAGUUCAGCAGUAAAUGAAGAAUUCAAAGAGAAAAGAUAUACACUACAAGAAUUGAGGUCUCUUGCAAUGGAACCAGCUUCCAAACUUCCACCAUCGUUUAGGGGACACAUUUGUGAAAUAAUUGGAAAAAAUCCUGCAGCCGCAGGAGUAUCAUCACCACAUCAACAAAAUAAAUUCUUCCCAACACAACAGAUGUCUUAUAAGGAUUCGAUAAGUAUAAAUCGAAAGCGAAAUAAACAACAAUUCCAACAGCAGCCCCAACAAAACGAAUACCAACAACAACAACAGCAGCAGCAACAACAACAACAACAACAGCAGCAACGAAAUCCCGGUAUCAUUCGAGUAUACCUUUCGCUCAAUGAGGAGAUCAAACUGGCACAGAGUGAAAAUGCCUGGGUUCCACAGACAUUAACUGACUUUGGUCCUAAAUCUGCUGAGGAGGAUGAUGAACAAAUUCUAAAGAAAAUUCGUGGAAUUCUCAACAAACUGACGCCAGAGAAUUUUGAUAAACUCCUUCAAAGUGCAUCCAACUUCCCAAUGAACAGUGUCGAAAGAAUAAACAAAUUAAUGCUGUUGAUCUUCGAAAAGACAGUAAGCGAACCAAAUUUCGCACCGACUUAUGCUCGAUUCUGUAAAUUCCUCUUCAAUCCUGAAGAUUCUAACCAUGUAAUGUUCAAGACCAGUUUGGUCAGACGCAUGCAGGAAGAGUUCGAUGGCAAUGUGAAUAAUGCCAAAGCCAAGGAGGCCAAACUGAAGCCCUUAACGGAGCGAUUAGCAGCUGCCACAGAUCCCAAGGAGAAGAUAGAAAUUAAAGCAGAGCUAGACGAUCAGGAGUUCCAAUUUAGACGACGGGCCUGGGGUACCGUGCGUUUUAUUGGUGAAAUGUGUAAAAUGGGCUUCAUUCGAAUAGACCGAGUGUGUGCUUGCGUGGAGACCCUGCUCGAUGUCAAAUGCGAAGAGAAACUCGAGUUUAUGUGCAAAUUGCUGAGCACAGUUGGGCCUCAGCUUGAAAAUGCCCACCUGCAACCAGGAUAUGAAAAAGAAUGGGCAAUCAAACAACGGUUAGAUUCAAUAUUUGCUAAAAUUCGACAGGUAAUUGAGAAGAAGAAUCAAGGUGCUGGACAGAAGAUCAGCAGUAGAGUUCGAUUUAUGAUGCAGGACAUUGUGGAGUUGAGGGCUCGAUUGUGGGAUCAAAAAGAGUCUACCCCAGUGCCGUUGUUAUCGCGAGAGGUUUCACCAGCUAUUACAAGGGCACCGCCUUCUAAUCAACAACAGCAACAACAACAACAAAGAGGAUCUCGCAACUUUAUGCCCGCUAUGUCAGGUGGUAGCUAUGACAAGAGGAGACAGCAACAAAAUCACGAGUCUCAGCAGAAAACCCAAUCAAUAGACCGCAAUAAGCUUUCGUUUAAUUUUAGCGAUGAGAUAAAACUUUGCAAUUCGUCGCCAUUGAUGUGGCAAGUAGCUAAAAAGACCUUGCACAACCGAGGAUCUUCACCUGCCAGCCAAAGCCAACAUCAAAGCCGGUCUGUAUCAACUGAAACCAAGCAACAGCAGCUAAUAAAACCAGUGCAGCCGGAACUUCAGGAUCUUAACGGAGAUGAGUGUGAGUGCCUACUAACUGGACUCAUCGAAUUGGUCACAUACGAAAAAUCUCCAGCGGAAUGUUUUGCCAAAUGGAAUUCCAUUCCAACACCUCACCAAGCGUGUCUCAUCAACUAUGUCCUCACAGAUUAUCUGCAUUCGUUAAAAUUGAAACGCCAUGAACUCGAAAUCUGUUCACAGCUCUUUGUCAGUCUAUUCAAAGAAAAACUAAUCACAAACAAAACCUUCAGAGAGGGCUAUGAGAAAUUCAGUGAAACAUGGGAAGAUAUUCUUCUCAAUGAUGUGCCCAAGGGCUGGGAAAAUUUCUUUAGAUUCCUUAGUCCAAUUCUUCACCACGAAUUGGUAACAAUCGAUGCUAUUUGGGAUAAAAGAUGGUUCAACACACUCUGCGGCGAUAGAUUCCUUCAAAGCAUGAUUGUGCAUUUUACAUCUGAAUUCGGAGCUAAUUACAUGCGAUCCCUGUGGGAUUACAAUAACUUGCGAUGGGAUAUGUUUUUACACGAAGACAGAAUUCCAAACUUUGUUACGACAAAUCGUUUUGAAUUUAUCGAUAAUCAUAAAUAUAUUCCACCAAUGUUUAGUCAGCGUACCACCGACGAUCUGGUGAAGCGCAUCGAAGAGCUCCUCGCACAAUCUGGUGAAGAUGUCGAUCUUAUAAUCGAUUUUAUAAGUACGAAUGUGCGUAUUGACUGUAAUUUCGUUCGUAGCCUAACAAUGUUCCUCUGUGAUUAUUCUGUGAUUAUUUAUACUCCCAACAUAAAUAGUAGUAGUAGUACUAAAAAAUCUUCUAAAACAUCAUCAUCUGAUAACUCCUCCUCCUCCUCCGCCACUUAUAAAUUUCGAGAAGAAAUAUUUACUAAGAAAUGCAUACCGCUAUUAACUUUAUGCAUAGAUUCGAAAGAUGAACGUGAAUUGAGUUGUCUCAAUGCCAUUGCUGAAUGCAAGAGGUUAGAUUGUAACAAAUUUCGUGUAGAUUUGAUAAAUUCAAUAUUCGCAGAACUUUAUGGGGAGGUUAUAUCGAAGGAAUCAUUUGAAAAGUGGCGUGAACAAUUGUCGUCGUCGUCAACAAAUAAAGAAGACUUAUCGAAAGAUUUAGAAGCGUUUUUUAGAAAUAGCAGCAAAAAUACACAGGAACAAUUUAGCAAAUAAAUAAAAAAAUAUUACAGAAUAAAAAAAAAAGAAAAGAAAAUUUAAAAAAAUCGCAGUCGUAACAAAAUAUAAAUUAAAUAAAAAAAAAAUCGCAAAUAUAAGCAAUCGAAUUGCAAACCAAAGAAAGAAAAAAAAAAUAAGAAACCAUUUUUAAUUUUUUGUUUGUUUUGCAGUCCAAAAUUCAAAAUAAAUCAAAUUAAUUGAAAAAUUAACAAAAAAAAAAAGGAAAUUUUAAAUUAAAACACGAAAUUUAUAAAAAACAAAGAAGAAAAUAAAAAAAAAAUAAAACAAGCUUUAAGCCUUUAGUACCAAUAGGUUUAAUAACAAAAACAAAAUUGAAAACAUAAAACAAAAAAAAAACAAACAAUAUUAUAAUAAUAAAAAACGAAAUUUCAAACAGAUAAAUGUUUUGUUAUAAAUGGAUAAAAAUAAAUAUUGCAAAAUAUGCAAA